AUGGGGGAUCUGGAAUAUGACGUCUCAAAGACCAUUGUGGAUGGAUCGAAUCCCAUGAAAAUGAAAUUGGUGCAGCCCCAAACCCAACCGCUCCUCUCCGUUAAUAGUUCCCCCUUACAACCAGCCCCAACCGCGCCGAGUACCCCCCGAGGACCGCCCCGAAAACCAAAGCAAUCCGGCCACGCGCUCUGGGUUGGAAAUCUUCCCCCAGGAACCAAUGUCGUGGAUCUCAAGGAUCAUUUCUCACAAGAUGCAACAAAGGACAUCGAAAGUGUGUUCCUGAUCUCCAAGAGUAGCUGUGCCUUUGUGAACUACAACUCGGCGGCCGCCUGUGUCGCGGCGUUGGCGAGAUUCCAUGACUCCCGGUUUCAGGGCGUGCGUGUUGUCUGUCGACUGCGAAAGGGGUUCACUGCUCCGGGGUCCAGAUCUGUAGGUGUGACAGUUCCCGUCGGGAAUCAAGCUUCCCGGUCACAAUUAGGGGAUAUUGCCACUACCACGGCUACGGUUGCCUCGACUGCUACCUCGACUGCUACUGACCCGCCCGAUGAUUCAAUCCUACCGGAGCUCAGCUCUGCCGCGCCUGCUACAGGGAACUCUCCGCCCCCGGCUCGGCUAGUAGAUCGGUAUUUCAUUGUUAAAAGCUUGACAGUGGAAGAUCUCGAGUUGAGCAAGCAAAGUGGCAUUUGGGCUACGCAGUCGCACAACGAGGCAGCGAUGAAUCAAGCUUUCGAGACCACCGAUUCCGUCUAUUUAAUUUUCUCCGCCAAUAAAUCUGGCGAGUAUUUUGGAUACGCCCGCAUGAUGUCGCCGAUCAGCGACGACGAAGAGCUCGCCUUGGAAAUGCCAUCCCGGCCCGAUCCCUCGUCCGGUGGGCCCGACGAGCUCGAUGUGACCCUGACAGCGGCCACCUCGACAGCACCCCAAGGCCGGAUCAUCGAUGAUUUCGUGCGGGGAACUAUCUUCUGGGAAGUUGAGUCAUCGGAAGAUGAGACCGACAACGCCAGCGAGAAAAGUGUUGAGCCCGAUGAUCUAGAAGAGAGUCAACCCUUUGGUAAACCGUUCCGCAUUCAAUGGAUUUCGACGGAACGAGUGCCCUUUCAGCGCACUCGUGGCCUCCGUAACCCCUGGAAUGCGAAUCGGGAAGUCAAAAUCGCUCGUGACGGUACUGAAAUCGAACCGAUGAUCGGCCGCAAGUUGCUUCAGUUAUUUCACCUGCCUUGA